CCCUUCCCUUCGCUAGUAUUUAGCACAGCACACCUCCCGUGUUCCCCCCCAACACUGAACCGCGCCUCCCUCCCAUCUCGCCAUGUAUCGUCCCGCCCUCCGCGCACCCACCGCCCUCGCCCAACCGCUGAUCAGGCAAACGCUCGCCAGCACACACGCCCGGCCUCUCUUCGCAUCCAGCAUCCGCUUUCAGUCGACCGAGCCGCGAGGCACCCCUACCGGAGCCAAGAUGGCAGCCAGCGCCGCGACCCGCGUGUCGGACCGCAUCAAGCACGACCACGAUGAGCUGAAGCAGUACUACGGCAACAUCAAGAACGCGCCGCGCGACGACGACAAGGUCAAGUGGCAGAACCAGUUCGUCUGGGAGCUGGCCCGGCACUCGGUCGCCGAGGAGAUCGUCGUCUACCCGGCCAUGGAGAAGCACGUCCCCGGCGGCGCCAAGAUGGCCGAGAAGGACCGGUCCGAGCACCAGCAGGUCAAAGAAAAGCUGUACGAGUUCCAAUCCAUGAAGCCGUCGGACCCGACCUUCCUGCCGGCGAUCGACUCCCUGUGGGAGACGCUGUCGCAGCACAUCACGGAGGAGGAGCGGGACGACCUGCCGGCGCUGGAGCGGGCGCUCGACGCGGACGCGUCGGGCGCCAUGGCCCGCAGCUUCGACCGCACCAAGCACUUCGUGCCGACGCGCAGCCACCCGGCCGCGCCGGACCGCCCGCCCUACGAGACGGCCGUCGGCAUGCUGGCCACGCCGCUCGACAAGCUGAUGGACAUGUUUCGCAAGUUUCCCGAGAAGUGAGGGGGAGUGAGAUGUAGCCAGCCCUCUUGAGGCGGUGCUGUGUAUGAAUAGUUGGUGGACGUGGGGAGUGUUGACGAUUGGUGGCUGCAAUCUAAAAAAAAUUGUUGGACAACCGAGCAUCUGAAUCUUGUUGAUGUCGAGAUUUGCAAAUCGGUGAUGCGAGGAUCUCCGCCCCGAAAGGGGGAGACCGCACCAAACACGGCCGCUCGGGGGAGGUCAGUCACAGGAGAACCCGCAGGCGACGAUCGUUGUGCCCUGGAGUUGCUUGCUAAGAUGCGCCAGGAGGCGC